AACCCCAAAUUUCUACUUUUUGUAGAUGACAUCAAAGUUGAUGGGGACACAGCCCACCCAAACUUAUCUAUCGAUGCAGACAAGAAGAGGUUUACACAUAAAUCGCAUGCCCAGAAAACGACUCAAACUGAAAAGAGUUUUGAUUCAGCUGUCUGUGUGCUGGGCUCAGAAGGUUUCUCCUCUGGGAAGCAUUACUGGGAGGUGGACGUUGAAAAAAGCAAUGACUGGGACCUGGGAGUAGCUGGAAAAUCCGCUCAAAGGAAAGGACCCAUAUCUCUGUCACCUAAAGACCAAUUCUGGGUUCUGGGCUUAAGUUCUAAAAAUUACUGGGUGAGAAAUGAACCUUUGACUCGGUUAGCAGUGCAGAAAAAUCCCAGGAAAGUCGGAGUUUACCUUGAUUGUGAAGAGAAAAGUGUGACUUUUUUCAAUGUUACUGACAUGUCUGUGAUGUUCACGUUUAAAGACUGUGCAUUCUCAGAAGAAUUGUAUCCCUUCUUUAAAAUUUCACAGAAAGAAUCAACCAUAAGAAUUUCUUCAAUUGAAGAGGAAUAAUUUUUUUAAAAAAAUAUGGUAUUUUCUUCUGUGAAAUGAAAGAUCAUAUACUUUUCUUAGACAAAUUUAAUGCUUGGUUGCAAUUAUUUAAUUAAACA